AUGUACAUAGUGGAGGUUCGUUCUGAAAAAUAUGAUGCUUCGAACGAACAAGUUCGACAAUUAGCAAUGACAGUGGGAGAUAUAAAAUGUCUGUCAUCUUUCAUCAAGUCGGAGGAUCGAUUACAUGACGAACAUAAAGAAACUUUCAGCAAUAAAAUUACUGAUAAGACCCAAAAACAUUCUCAGCAACAAAAUUGA